CACGACAGUAGUACAACAACCACAGAGCGCAUACAUUUUAAUAUCUUCUCUACUUCGCUUCUCUCGCGCUGUGUCCAGCUUUUUCUUGUUGCCUGCGGCUUGCCUCAUGAUUCUCGGGUUUUACUACAACGGCAUUAGUUUUGUGCGAAAACUGAACUUGAAGUGUGUGGUUGACUGUGCCGGACGACUCCGAUUGGUUAGUGCUGGUUGGUGCUACCUGUGAGAUGACCCAGGACAUUGCCUGCUGUUGCGUUGAUUUGUGUACCAUUAGCCAAGGCCUGCUAAGUCAUCGCUCAGCGGUGCCCAAAUGCUACGCCGUGAUUGUUAUAUGAUGUUAGUUUGACAGUGGAAUUUCUCCAGCCAGAAAAUUAGGGAUCUAGUGCUCUUAUUUUUUUGUUUUGUUUCGUCUGUGAAUGUGAUAUAUCUUCAUGAAGAGAGAAUAAAACGUGAACAAAAAAAAUACGCAAGUGCUCUGGUCGAAAUCAUCGUACAAAACGACGGACGACAGUCAGUGCAACAGUAGGCGAUAGGAAGGAGAAGAGGCAGUCGCUGCGACGGCGACGGCAGUCGGCAGUGUUUUGCUUUUUAUCAGCGGUGCCUCCCCAAAACAACCGGAAGUGAGCAACGAGAAAAAUGUCUUCCAAAAACGAACUGAAAAAACUUUCCGAGGAAAGUUUAACCCGCCAGCCGGAAGAGGUCUUCGACAUCAUCUGCAAACUAGGUGAGGGAAGCUAUGGGUCGGUCUACAAGGCGCUUCACAAAGAGAGCGAGCAGGUUCUCGCCAUCAAGCAGGUCCCGGUGGACACUGACCUGCAGGAGAUCAUCAAGGAAAUCUCCAUCAUGCAGCAGUGCGACUCGCCAUACGUGGUCAAGUAUUACGGAAGCUACUUUAAGAACACCGAUCUCUGGAUUGUGAUGGAGUACUGCGGAGCGGGUAGCGUGUCCGACAUCAUGCGGUUGCGAAAAAAGACACUGUCCGAAGACGAGAUUGCCACGAUCCUGAUCGACACGCUGAAGGGGCUGGAGUACCUGCACCUGAGGAGGAAGAUCCAUCGGGACAUCAAGGCCGGUAACAUUCUGCUGAACUCGGAGGGUCACGCCAAGCUGGCCGACUUUGGGGUGGCCGGACAACUGACGGACACGAUGGCCAAACGUAACACUGUGAUCGGGACGCCCUUCUGGAUGGCCCCGGAGGUGAUAGAGGAGAUCGGGUACGACUGCGUGGCGGACAUCUGGUCGUUGGGUAUCACGGCCUUGGAGAUGGCCGAGGGGAAGCCUCCGUACGGGGACAUCCAUCCGAUGCGAGCCAUCUUCAUGAUACCGACCAAACCGCCGCCAUCGUUCCGAGACCCGGACAUCUGGAGUCCGGAGUUUAUCGAUUUUGUCAGUUUGUGCCUAGUCAAGAAUCCGGAGGAACGGGCAACCGCCACGGAUUUGCUGACACAUGAGUUCAUCGGGAACGCCAAACCUUGUAGCAUACUCAGCCAGAUGAUAGCGGAAGCGAAGGAAAUUAGGGAAAAUCAGAGUUAUCGGCACGCGGCGGCAAUCAGUCAGGCCAACCGGCAGCUGCAGAAUAACAAUAAUAAUAACCACAAUCACGAGGGAGAUUCGGACGAGGACGAUGUCAACUCGAGAACGAUGCGAGAGUUCCCGGAAGACUGUGGAACGCUGGUGCCGGGUCGGGACGAUGGUGACGGUACGAUGAUAGCGCAUACGGACUGCGGUACGCUCGUUCCGGACAGUGCGACGAUGGUGGAACUGCAGUCGAAUCUAGGCACAAUGGUGAUCAACUCCGACUCGGAGGAAUCGACAAUGAAAAGGCACGACACCAAUCCGGACAAACCCAAGUACCGCCCGCUGUUCCUGGACCACUUCGACAAGAAGGAAGCGGAAGCGGCCAACUUCGUGACCAAAUCGAACAAUCAGCAAAGUUACGACGAUGAUAGCUCUUCGCCGGAAGAUCAGGACGCGUCCCCGCAGCGACCACAACCUCAGGUGCAAACUCCGAGUAAGCAACAGCAGCCCACGGCUCCGCCUCUAACGCAGAGCCUCGAUGAGCAGCAGCUGAACGAGGAGCGGCAGCGAUUUCAAUCGCACUUGCAGUUGCAGCUCAAUCAGAUAUCUGCCGUUAGCCCCAAUAUGCAUCAGCAGCAGCAGCCGCCACAACAGGUGCAGUACCAGCAGUCCCCAGUGGCUGUAACUCCCGAUGGGGGAGGGGGAGGUGGUGGCGGUGGAGGAGGCGGAGGCGGGAUGGAAGCUCACAAUCGCAUUUACAACAAUAGGAUCAAUUUGAUUGAUAGCGAAUAUGAUUCGUUGAAAUUCCUCAACUACGAACAGCUCGAGCAGCGGUUGGCCAGCAUCGACAAGGAGAUGGAGAAGGAACUAGCGGAAACGAACAAACGCUACCACGCCAAGCGGAAGCCCAUCAUCGACGCGAUCGAGGCCAAACAGCAGAAGCGACAGCAAAAGCACGAGGAAUUCUGAGUUUUUCCAUCUGCAGCGGGGCAUAGUUUUGGGCUUCUAACGCCCGCAGAGAUGCGCGAAGUAAAAGUGCUAUAAAGAAUCCCACUUGUAGAGAAAACAGAAACUAUAGUAAUAGGAAUCAAAUGCAAAGACGUCAUUUUAGGAACCUACACUGAUGUCGGUUUAGUUGAAAAUUGAUUAUUUUUAAGCGAUAAAAAAACAACUUUAGUGAGCAUUCACCGAAUCAAACCAUUGAUUGUCGUUCGUUUUCAUGCUGAGAUUUUUGCCACGAGCGAAAGCAAAAAAAAAACUCAGAUGCAUCUAGGAAUUCAAGCAAAUUUUAGUUUUCUUGCAUUUGAAAUUGUUUAUUUAUGCAGAAGCUCCGCGACACAGAAGGACGACUUCCCGACUGCCUGCAAGCCUGAAACGGAGCGGAAUCAUUUUAGC